AACUAUUGAAAAACCCUAAACAAGCAGCACCACUAGGACCCCAGUUUCCUCUUCUCGUCUAGUUCUUGUUCUAGGGUUUGCUCCGCGCGCCGGGAGGAGGAGGAAGAGGUUGAAGGUGACAGAGGAGGAGCUACAGCUUAUCCGCAGUCGGUCAACAUGGGUCGCAUGCACAGUGGAGGUAAGGGUAUUUCAGCUUCCGCUCUGCCGUACAAGAGGACGCCUCCGAGUUGGCUGAAAAUCUCUUCUCAGGAUGUUGAGGAGAACAUCUGCAAGUUCGCAAAGAAAGGUCUGACUCCAUCACAGAUUGGUGUCAUUCUGAGAGAUUCUCAUGGUAUUGCUCAGGUUAAGAGUGUCACGGGGAGCAAGAUUCUUCGACUUCUUAAGGCUCAUGGUUUGGCGCCUGAAAUUCCCGAGGACUUGUACUAUCUCAUUAAGACGGCAGUUUCCAUCAGGAAGCAUUUGGAGAGGAACAGGAAGGACAAGGACUCAAAGUUCAGGUUGAUCCUUGUCGAGAGCAGGAUCCACCGCCUUGCCCGUUACUACAAGAAGACUAAGAAGCUCCCUCCUGUCUGGAAAUAUGAAUCUACAACUGCCAGCACACUCGUGGCAUAGGUGCUAUACAGAAGUUUGCUGAUGCCUGCAGGGUCGUAUGUUGUACUGGUUCCUUUUUUCUUCUCUGUCCCUACCCCCCUCUUUUUUAUUCUCUGUUUAUUGCAAUCUCUUUUGUCCGGUGAAAAUGCAUACUACGGCCUUAUGUUGUUGAACUCGAAUCAUAUUCUGAAAUUUUGCUAUAGUUCAAGAGUGCAAAAAACAACUUAGUUUUGACUUUAUGUUUUUGCUGACUUUGGAAAUCGAACGACCGGUUUCCUUAUU